CAAACACAAACAGAUACUCAAAUCUGCCCCAAACCAAUUGUUUAUAAACAAUUUGACCAAAAAGAGUAAUUUAAAAAGAAAAACAAAAUAAUGUAGCAGAAAUGUCAGACACAAGAGCAAUGGACACACAACAACCACAACAACUCCUUACCCAAACCCCUGAUGCCUCAAUCUUCCUCGUUUGGAUCUCAACUUUAUUCAUUCAAAAUUGCAUCUCCCCAUCUUAAUUCCUGUAUAUAUAAUUCUAUUUCCUUUGCGUUUUAAUCUCCUUUUUGAUUUUAUCUUGUGACUAUUUAUCAUAACCAAACACAGCUUUCAUGUGCUAUGGGGUAAUAAUUUGGUCUUGUGACUUGUUUUUUUUCCCCAAUUUGCAUCUGGGUACAACUAAUUUCUUACAUACUUGAAUUAUAUUCAGUUUUUCUGAGGUGGGUUUUGGAAUUUGAAGUAGAAGCAUAUAUUUUUUUUGGUAAUGGAUGUUUGUUGUGAUCUUCAAGUUGAUGUUAAUGGUGAAGGUCUUUUCAUGGUGGAUAAGAAGCGAAUAUCAUCAUUUUCUGGGAGAUUAAGUAAAUUAUUUGGUAAUUUUGUGAGUACCGAAAGUAAUUUCAAAGUCAUAUUUCACGAUUUCCCUGGAGGCGCGAACACAUUCGAGCUUGUCGCAAGAUUUUGCUACAACAAUGGAAGUAUUGAAAUUAGUCCAAUGAAUUUAAGUUCACUUCAUUCUGCAGCUUAUUACAUGGACAUGAGUAAAUCUGUAUAUGGGUCUGAAAAUCUGAUUGAACAGACACAGAAAUCACUAGAAGAGAUCAGAUAUUGGACUUGGUCUGAUCUUCUAAUGGCCUUAAAACAAAACCAAGUUUGGAAUUCUGAUAUAUUUUCAUCUGGGUUUGUUCAUAAAUGCUUGGAUAGUGUUGUGGAGAGGUUAGCGAUGACAGCUGAAACAAGCCCGUGUGCAUCGAGUUGUUCACCCGAGAGCUUUGGUUUUCGACUGUCCUGUGAUUCUCGGAGUACAGAGAGCUUGAAAACGAACAGCACUCGAGCAAAUUGGUGGUUUGAAGAUCUGUUAGUUCUGAAUGAGAACUUGAUAGAUAUUGUUGUCAAAUCUAUGGUUUCUCGAAAACUCGAGCAUAAAACUAUAAGUAGGUUCUUGUUUCAUUAUCAGAAAUCGAAAUUUAUUGAUGCACAAUCAAAUCAAAAGUGCAGAAUAUUUGAGAUUGUGAUCACAAACUUAUGCUGUCUUGAUCAUUGUUCUGUUUCUUACAAGAAUUUGAUGGGGAUUCUUAGAAUUUCAUUAAAUCUUGAUAUAAGUAAACAAACAAGGAGUAGAUUAGAAGGUAUGAUUGGUUCAAGAAUCGAUGAAGCAACUGUGGAUGAUCUUCUCAUUCCAUCUCCUGUUGGGAUGAACUGUUUAUAUGAUGUGAACCUUAUUCUGAGAUUAGUGAAGUCAUUUCUUAGUAGUGGAGUAGCAAAAGAUUGUGAUCAUAGAUUUAUCAGAGUUUCCCAUUUGAUGGAUCUGUAUUUGGCAGAAGUAGCUCCAGAUCCAUGUUUGAAACCUUCCAAAUUUAUUGCUCUUGCUACUGCGUUGCCUCACUCAUAUAGAGAUUCUUAUGAUGAUAUGUACCAUGCCAUGGAUAUGUACUUACAGGUUCAUACUGAUAUAUCUGAAGAAGAAACAUUCAAAAUCUGUUCUACCUUGAACUAUGAGAAGCUCUCACCAGAAACCUGUGUUGAACUCUCAAAAAACACAAAAUUCCCAUCAAGAACAACAGUACAAGCAAUUCUUUCUGAGCAAACAAAGCUCAAAACUUUAGUCCACAAAUCAUGCUCAUCUUCUCCUUUUAGUAGCUACGAAAGUGGGCCCAAAAGCCGAAAGCAUGAAUCAAACCGGCAGAUUGUGCUUUACAAUGGGACAAUCGACGAUGUGAGUGAGAGCGAGAAGAUUCGAGCACACUUACAAGGUAUGCAAUGCAGAGUCACAGAAUUGGAGAAAGUAUGUCAACAAAUGCAGACUCAAGUAGCAAAAAUGACUUCAAAAUCAUGUGAAAAUAUGAAUGUUAAAUCAUUGCCUAGAUUUUGUUCUUGAUUUUCUUAUGUAAAAUCUAUGUUUCUUGUAAUUUUAGUCUUAGUUUUUGUGCAAUUCUUAGGUUUUGUUGUACAGCACAGUAGUUCAAUUUUGAAUGUCUCAUAUUUUUGCUUCAUAUGUGCUAUGAUGCUAUAAUUAUUUUGAAUUUGUAGCCUCGAAUUUAGGAGUUUUUUCAUAUUCGUUUGUCUUGAAUAUCUCUGUUAAAUUGUGAUUGAUAUCGUUAAUGUUUUGAAGAAGAUUUGGCGGACCCAGAUUUUAUAUUAAGUGGAUUCAGAAAGUCAAAAUCAAAGUUAUAACAGUAUAAUACUCUACUUACAAUUUUAAAUAUUU